UUGUCUAGUGUCUGUCAGUCGCGCUGAGUGUUUGCAGUGGGCAGCCAGCCGUCAGUAUAGCAUGAAACGGCUAUCUGCCUCUCAGAAACGAUGCCACAACUAAAACUCCGGAAUACCCUUUGUUAUCUAACGUUACCCUCGAACACUACCAAGAAGAUAAUCUAUACCCUGACGGGCGCUUGUACAGACCAAAAGGAAGGAACCAAGACUGAGGAGUAGAUGUAUCAUCAGGAGCGAGCACAGUAUGAAGAAAGCAGGCAGGCCAGUGGGGAAUAAGGCAGCAAGCGGAGGAGGUAAAGGUGACACAGUGACGGCUGGAACCUCAGCUGGCAAAAGUGCUGUUAAGAGCCCUACCACAGCUCCGCUCGCCAAGGUCAAGAGCGAUGAUGAUCUUCUAGCUGCUAUGGCUGGGAGCAGUGCAGGGACAAACAGCAGUGUUGCCAAGGGCAAGAAAUCAACACACACAACAUCCUGUGGAACAAACACUAAUAAUCCUGACACCAAGACCAAGACCAACUCGGGCCCAUCUGGUAAACGGGCAUCAUCCACGGCUUCCAAGGAGUCAAACUCCUCACGAGACCGUUUACGAAACUCCAGAAACUCCAGCAGUAAGAAGCAGUCGUUCCCUGGUGCCUCUGAUCGAGCCCAGCCUAGACAUUCCCGUGGACUGGCCCAAACCUCAGACUCAGAGUGCCGCAUGAGCAAAUCAAAGUCUGACGGUCAGCUUAGCGAUAAAGUGGCCCUGGAGGCCAAAGUGAAAAAUCUGUUAGGUCUGGCCAAGAGCAAAGACGUGGAAAUCCUACAGCUACGGGGUGAGCUGAGGGACAUGAGGGUUCAGCUGGGACUGCCUGAGGAAGAAGAGGAGGAUGAGAGGCCACCCGAGAGGGAGGCAGCCUCAGUGAUCACAGCUGCAGAUGUGGAAUCAACGUUGCUGCUCCUGCAGGAACAGAACCAGGCCAUUCGUGGAGAGCUCAACCUGCUUAAGAAUGAAAAUCGUAUGCUUAAGGACCGGCUCAAUGCUCUGGGCUUUUCCCUGGAGCAGAGACUGGAUGGGGCUGAGAAGACUUUUGCCUUACCCUCUACCAGUUCUGAACUUACCACUUCUGGAGUUGGUGGAAGUCAUGGAGACUGUGCCACUGUGUCCUCCUCUGUGGAGGGAUCAGCACCAGGCUCCAUGGAGGACCUCCUUACUGGAGGCCAGCGAAGUGGCUCAACGGACAACCUAGACAGCGAGUCCAGUGAGGUCUACCAAGCAGUGACCUCAAGUGAUGAUGCCUUGGAUGCUCCCUCAGGCUGCGGUUCCUCGUCGUCCUCCGAAUCUGAAGGUGGCGCCCCGGCAUGUCGCAAUUCCUCUCGGAAGGGGAGCAGUGGCAACACCAGCGAGGUGUCUGUGGCGUGCCUGACGGAGCGUAUUCACCAGAUGGAGGAGAACCAACACAGCACAGCCGAGGAGCUCCAAGCCACUCUACAGGAACUGGCCGACCUGCAACAGAUCACGCAGGAGCUGAAUGGCGAAAAUGAACGCCUGGGAGAGGAAAAGGUUCUACUUAUGGAUUCACUCUGCCAGCAGAGCGACAAACUGGAGCACUGCGGCCGUCAGAUCGAGUACUUCCGCUCGCUCCUGGACGAGCACGGUGUGGCCUACUCGGUAGACGAAGACAUCAAGAGUGGCCGAUACAUGGAGCUGGAGCAGCGCUAUGUGGAGCUUGCAGAUAAUGCUCGAUUUGAGCGUGAGCAGCUCUUAGGCGUGCAGCAACAUCUGAGCAACACUCUAAAAAUGGCCGAGCAAGAUAACGCCGAUGCUCAAAGUGUGAUUGCAGCGCUGAAGGAGCGCAACCAUCACAUGGACCGACGACUUGAGGUGGAAAGGCAGGAGCGCUCCGGCAUGGCAGCGGUGCUGGAGGAGUGUAAAGCUGCGGUCAACAACGAUCAGGCUGAGCUGAGCCGCUGUCGGGCGUUACUGGAGCAGGAGAGGCAGAAGGUCGCCGAGCUCUACUCCAUCCAUAAUGCCGGAGAUAAGAGCGAUAUCCACCAACUCCUGGAGGGGGUUAGGCUGGACAAGGAGGAAGCUGAAGUCAAAGCCUCCAAACUACAGGACGAGUUGGGCCACGCUCGCACUGAGGUGGCAUGUCUCCAGGACACCCUCAACAAGCUGGACGCUGAGUACAGGGACUUCCAGAGCGAGGUGCAGAAAGAGUUGGCCGAUCAAAAGAGGGUUUUAGAGAAGCAACGUGAGGACCUGCAGGAGAAAGAGACAGAGAUUGGAGACAUGAAGGAGUCAAUCUUUGAGCUGGAGGAUGAAGUGGAGCAGCACAGAGCCGUCAAACUUCAUGAUAACCUCAUCAUCAGCGACCUAGAGAAUUCAAUGAAAAAGAUUCAGGAUCAGAAGCAUGACAUGGAAAGAGAGAUAAAGAUACUGCACCGUAAACUUAGGGAAGAGUCUGCAGAGUGGCGUCAGUUCCAGGCGGACCUGCAGACUGCUGUGGUCAUUGCUAACGACAUCAAGUCAGAAGCUCAGGAGGAGAUUGGUGACUUACGGCGCCGCCUGCAAGAAGCCCAAGAGAAAAACGAGAAGUUGAGCAAAGAACUAGAUGAAGUUAAAAACCGCAAGCAAGACGAGGAACGUGGACGUGUAUAUAACUACAUGAAUGCCGUUGAGAGGGACCUGGCUGCACUCAGACAGGGCAUGGGACUGAGUCGCCGCCCCUCCACGUCUUCCGAGCCAUCUCCCACCGUCAAAACUCUCAUCAAAAGCUUUGAUAGUGCCUCACAGGGUCCUGGAGCUAAUGCUACUGCAGCUGCUGCCGCAGCUGCUGCUGUCACAACCACGACCCCGACCCCGACUGCCCCCUUACCCCGCACACCUCUCAGUCCCAGCCCGAUGAAGACCCCGCCUGCUGCUGCUGUCUCACCGAUACAGAGACACUCAAUCACUGGUUCUAUGUCCGCUGCAAAGCCCCUCUCCUCGCUUACUGACAAAAGACCCAGCUACACUGACAUCAGCAUGCCAGCUGAGCAUCUACUCAGAGGAGCCAAUGGCAGUCGUCCCACUUCAGCUCUUCAGAGAGUCUCAAACAUGGACACUUCAAAGACCAUCACAGUGUCUCGAAGAAGCAGCGAAGAGGCGAAGAGGGAUAUCAGUACUCCUGAUGGAGGCCCAUCUUCCUCUCUGAUAGCCAUGGGCUCUUCUGCAGCUCCUCUCUCCCUGUCAUCUUCCUCCUCCCCCACUGCCUCCGUCAAUCCCACAGCACGCAACCGCAUUCGAGAGGAGCGAAAAGACCCUCUGUCUGCUUUGGCUCGUGAAUAUGGUGGUUCUAAAAGAAAUGCACUGCUGAGAUGGUGUCAGAAGAAAACCGAGGGCUAUCAGAACAUCGACAUUACCAACUUCAGCAGCAGCUGGAAUGAUGGACUGGCCUUCUGCGCUGUCCUUCACACAUACCUGCCUGCUCAUAUUCCCUAUCAAGAGCUCAACAGUCAGGACAAGAGACGAAAUUUCACUCUGGCCUUCCAAGCAGCAGAAAGUGUGGGCAUCAAGUCCACUCUGGACAUCGAUGACAUGGCCCAUACUGAAAGACCGGACUGGCAGAGUGUUAUGACUUACGUCACUGCUAUCUACAAGUAUUUUGAGACCUGAGUACAUGUCCUUUUACACCCCACCAUAUCAUCCAAGCCUAACCCUAGCACAAAGUCAAAUCACAUCGAUCACAGGGACAAUCGCAUUAGCAUAUGCUGAUAUGGCGUGAUACAUUGAUUAUAUCAAGGUAAUCCUCUACAGUGGAACUCUGCUGCUAAUGCAGAAUCAGUUUGCCUUGGCAAUAGCGCAUCAACUCAUGUCGGGAGACCCUAAAACACCACAGACUUCACAUCCAGUUACUAAUUCUUAGAGUGGAUGAUCUGAGCCUGUGGAUUUGAAAUUGAAAUCAGUCUCGAGGAACAGCGUGGACCCGCUUGUGAUUGUGACCCCGUGCCUUUUGCCACCCCGAGUUCUUGCAUCCAGAAAGGCAUUUGGAGCAAGUUCUUCACCUUAAUUCACAACGUGCAACAAUUGAACUUGUUUUAAAAGAGCGAGACUUGCGGAUUGCUCAAAGCUGUGCCUAAUUGAAACGCUUUAUUGGAGAAGCACUUCAGUAGAGGAGAAUUGAACACUUAUAGGAGUUAUUCACUACAGCACACAGUCAGUGGUUUAACGUUUUACAGGAUUGUUUUGAAAGCUCAUCGUGGGCGCCUUUAUGUUACGACUGUGACCGAUCUUGGCUUGAAAUACUACAUAUUAAAUAGGGAGGUCAGCAAUAAGCUUGUGUAACCUUUUGAGCCAUUUCAUAUGACAUUAGUGCUGCUCAACAACAGUGUGAUACUGUAGAAAACACUACAACAGAUUUGCAGCACAUGUGCAUGUACUGUCCAGUGUUUUAGUCUGAAAUAGUAUACCAAAAAUGAAAUCUUGUUUGUGAUGCAGUUAAGCUAACUUCCUUCAGUACUAAUCAAUGGUAUGUUCUUUCUCAGGAUAGGAAAGUCUUAUCGAUAUUUAUCACAAUGAAUAAUCCAUAUGUGAUUCAUAAUAUGUUAUGCGCACCAAUACCUGCACAUUUUAUAGUUUGCAAAGCACAAAAAUCAUCUUACAUGCACUAAUUGAAGAUGUAAAUGAUGCUACAUUCCAGUGCUUUUAUUAUGGAUGAAUAGAAUGAUUUAUAGAGCAUGAGUGAGUGAGAAAAAUCCUAAUCAACACAUAUAUCCUGUUUUCCAGCUGUGCUGAAUUCAGGCAUCGCUCUUUUCAUGAGUAUGAAAGUAUGUUUCUGCACCACCUGUCUGCAAAUAACACUUAAUACAUGACGUUCAAAUAAAACCAAUAAUGAUAACAUAGGAAUUUUUCAUGAAAUUGUUCUAUUUUCUGGUAUGUCUCUUAUUUUCUAUUUCAUUCCCGAGAAUUGUAUUUGAAUUGUUUGAAAUAAUAUCGAUUCAAAUUCCAGUGUGUGUUUAACUAAGCAGUUUAUUUUUAGCUCUCAAACAUCUGAGAGAAAGAUUAAUCUGCAGUUACUCUGGUAAUCAUUUAAGAUUAAUUCCAAUCAUGCGUUGAACAGUACAAGUUACUGUACUUCACCUUUGGACCAUCAUCACAUAUUCAUUGUAAGUAAAUGACAGAUUGAUCUUUGUUUGAACCUGACCAAAUGUUUUGUUGAGGAGCCUCAUAUCAACU